GCGCUCACUUUUAUUUUGGCGUUCGACAGAGAAAACGGUCCAACGCAUUUGCUUCGUGCCGAAGCUUGCUCUCCCCCCGACCAGGCCCAGUGGAACUUCGGAACGGAAUAUCCCAAGGAAUCUCAGGUAUUUUUGCCAGCUGAGAGGAAGCAUUAUCCAGUGGACUCAACGACCAGCUCAAUCAACCGCCGUCGCCGCCGCCAUCAUGUCGUCUACGUCGGCUCUCAAAGUGUUCGUUUAUGCGCUGGACAUAGUUUGCGCGCUGCUGGCCCUGGUGCUCAUAUCUUUUGGCAUUUAUGUGGUGGUGUCCUAUGAUCUGAAUGAAAUUGGUGGACUGUCGGCCUACGCGUUUAUUUAUCUCGGAGCGGUUGCCCUGGUAAUCCUCUUGUGGGGUUAUCUGUCUGCCUGGAAGGAGAAUGUUUGCUGCACUGUGACGUUCGUUGUGUUCCUGUGGCUGAUAAUUGCCACCCAGUUUGCUGUCGUCUUUUUGCUCAUUCACAACGAAAAGUCUGUGGCCUCCAAUCUGGCCAAUCCGCUGGAGGCCACUUGGGAGGAAGAGCUCAACAGUCCCGGCGCCAUGUCCAUCUAUCAGAAUUGGUUCCAAUGCUGCGGUCGCGGCAGCCCACAGGAUUACAUUGUCAACGAACGUUUGCCGCCAGAGACCUGUUUCCGCAAUCAUGACAAGAGCAAGGCCGAGAACCUCAUACACACUGGCUGUCGCGUGGAAUUUGAAAAUUAUUGGCUGCAAUUGUUGCAAAUAUUCGACAUACUCGGCGGAGUGCUAAUUGGCAUUGAGCUCCUAAUCAGCGUCAUUUCGAUUCGGCUGUGCAACAGCAUUCGCAACGAUCAGCGACGUUCGUAUUUCUAAGACUAGUCCCACGAGAUUUGCCAAAUAAUUGGUUGAUUUUUUAUAAAACAAAAAUUGUUAUUAUUAUUAUUCAAUGAGAUUGGUAAGACGGAAAGCAAAUGGCUUUGAAAACUAUUGUUGAAAAUUUAUAGAAUUGGAAAUCGGGCGAUACGAGUAUUUAAACACACGUAAACACACACACACCCAAAGUCACAUUUACACUGCUUAACUAACUCACAAAUUAAAUGCAAUGCAACAAAUAUUAGCUAUAAAUCACACACACACACACACACUCACACACACUCAAUUGU